AUGCCUCAGACAAUCAGUGCUGAUGAUCGAAAGAGCUACCAGCGGGUGAUAAGCAAAUGCGAAGUUACACUUAUUGAUGAGACAUGUGGGCACUUCCCCAUGAUUUUGUGGAACGAGGACCUCAUAAUGUUUGCUUUAAGGUUCUGGAAGCCAAGAUUACAGGUGACGGUGCUCUCUAUAGUCGACUGCCCAGUACGAUACGACACCUUUCGCCGUGGAGUGGUGGCGGUGCCCAAUGACAGGACAGGGAUCAUCACUAUGCCCUCGUGCGGGGAAGCUCUAAGGCUAGCGCAGUACGCCAAGUAUUCAGGCUGGUCCCCCAUCACCGGCGCUUCCCACACUGAUGCCUUCGGCCAGCACUUCAUUCAUCCCUUGCCUCUCCCUUUUGGUCGAGUUCCUCCUGAGGUGUCUGGUACAAAAAUUGAACACAUUUCGCUGGCUGGAAUACACACAGUCAGAACAAUUCAGGAUAUUAUAAACGGCAAAGGUAGGAAUAUAACAAACCACUGGCUUAUUGAAUGUGGUACUCUUAAUGGAACAAAAUAUUUUUUGCUCCUAUUUCUCUAUCUCAUAGUAAGUUCCGGAUUUGGCAUUGUUUUCGCCAUGUUUACGAAGCUUUCACUGGACAUCGAUGAUGCUAUUCGCCUCGUUCGUCUCUCCUGCUCCAACUGCCAGCGUCGAAUGCAGAUCUGUGGGGAAGAGGAGAAGGGCAGUAGCGAGGCUGCAUCUCGCGUCGGCUCACAAUCGGCUUUGUUUACCUGCCUUACGCCUGACUGUCCUCUCUCGGGCCAGCGAUUUGAGCCUUCAGACUCCAAUCAUGUUCUUGUGGAAUACAACGUUUUUCUAAAUCUCACCGAUCAUACUGGAACCUACACCAAAUGUACGCUAACUAAUUCUGCUGUGGAGAAAAUGCUUGAAAUGCAAGCGAAGGAUUUUCUCCAACUCUCUCCAAAUGAUCGAGGUCGGAUGAAGUGGAAGCUGUUGCUCAAUAGGUUCAAGGUAUACUUUUGGAUGCGACAACCGGGCUACGAUCAGCCAACUCCCUAUCUGAAUGUGCUGGCAUGUGAGCGACCGAAUCCCUUCGAGGUGUACUCCUCUCUACGCACAACCAACUGUCCAUGA